AUGAGGGCCCAAAUACAUUUUUCUGAGGAUGGAGUGGAAGUAAACAUCCCUUCUGAUUCUGACCAACCCCAAAUGGAAGAAACCUGGGAUAGUAUCAUUGCUUUGUGUAACUUGGAACUGGACGCAAGUUUCACAGAGAGCUUGCCUAGUGAUUUAGUUGAAGGCACCAAUCCCGAUGUUUGGGCUACAGAGGGGAACACGGUACUUAUGAUCCGCUGCCCCCCUGUUAGGAUCAAGCUAAAACCAGAUGCUAUCAUUCCUAGGUUACCUCAGUAUCCAUUAAAAUUGGCCCAAUUGGAGGGAAUUAGAGACCAAAUUGUACACCUCCUGAAAGAGGGUAUACUGGUGAAGGUGAGUUCACCCGCUAAUACCCCAUUAUACCCUGUGAAAAAACCAGGCCGAAACGUGUACCGGAUGGUACAAGACCUGAGAGCAAUUAACAAAAUCAUCCAAGAGGAUGCUCCGGUGGUACCAAACCCUCACACUAUUCUGAGUAACAUCAUUCCUUCUAACCAAUAUUUCACAGUUAUGGAUUUGAAGGAUGCCUUUUUCACGGUACCACUCCACCCUGACUGUCAGUACCUCUUUGCCUUCAGCUUUGAACGGCAACAGUAUACCUGGAGUAGAUUGCCCAUGGGCAUGGUAUCUAGCCCAAAUGAGUACAGCAAAGCUAUGAAAGAAUGCCUGGACAGGUGGCACUGCCCAGAGGAUACCACUCUACUCCAAUAUGUGGAUGACUUGCUGAUUGGAGGCAACACGAGAGAGGCAUGCAGAGAUGCAACUAUCUCCUUGUUAAAUCACCUAGCAGAGGAGGGAUGCCGAGUAUCCCCCGCCAAAUUACAAUACAACAUGGACCGAGUUGUGUUCUUAGGUCAUUGCAUCUCCCAAGGGAGAAAACACCUGACACAAGACCGAAAGAAGGCUAUUCUGAAUAGCAAAAUGCCACAAAAUGCAAAACAAUUGAGGGGGUUCCUAGGAUUGGUUGGAUAUUGCCGACAAUGGAUACCAGAAAUGUCCAAUGUUUGUAAACCACUCUAUGACUCUGUGAACACACAGGGGAAACUGGAACUCAGUGAAGGGCAAAUGCAUGCUAUUCAGACCUUGAAGGCUGCAAUCAGCGAAGCACCUGUUUUGGGCUUGCCAGAUUAUACCAAGGGAUUCAGGCUCUACUGUCACGAGUCCAGAGGCCACGCUGCUGGAGUUCUGACGCAGGACCAUGGAGGACAUGACAAGCCAAUUGGCUAUUACAGUUGUCAGAUUGACACUGUUGUCAAUGCGAUGGCACCCUGCCUGAGGGCAGUAGCUGCAGCUGCGGAGAUGCUGACUAAAACUGCAGACAUUGUGCUAGGGAACCCAUUGGAGGUUUACGUACCUCAUGAGGUCCACGUGGUCAUGCAGAACUUGACAACAAAACACAUUUCAUCAGCGAGAUUGACCAGAUAUGAACUGGCACUUUUAACGCCCACAAAUAUUACCCUCAAAAGGUGUGCAAAAUUAAAUCCAGCUACAUUGCUACCAGAGACAGUACAAGAUGAACUAGAAAGCCAUGACUGCAAUGCAGAAAUGGAGGAUCAUUAUCUGGAAGCGCAGAGAGUAAGAGAUACCCCCAUUCCCAAUGCGGACCUCACUGUGUUUGUAGACGGGUCCCGCUUCUAUACUGAAGAAGGGCACCCUGUUACGGGAUAUUCUGUGGUCACCAAGGAUGAAAUCCUUUUCCAAGGAAAAUUACCUGGGCAUCAUUCCGCCCAGGUGGCAGAGCUUAUGGCUCUCAUGCAGGCUUGCAUAGUAGGAAAAGAUAAAAGGCUCAAUGUCUACACUGACUCAAGAUAUGCGUAUGGAAUAUGUCACGAUUUUGGCCAGAUCUGGAAAUUACGUGGAUUUCUGACCACCUGUGGAAAACCUAUCAAACAUGGUGAGCUCAUUAAGAAAGUCCUUGAGGCACUUUGGUUCCCCGAGGAAAUAGCAGUUCUAAAAUGUGCAGCACACACCAGAGGCACGGAUGAGGUUUCACUUGGGAAUGCUAAAGCAGAUGUUGCGGCAAAGGCCGCUGCUGUAACUGGCACCGAGUCUGUGGAAGUCUUCAUAGCCACACCUUGCUCUGACAGUCCUGAUCAGGUAGAUUUGACUGUCCUGGCGAACUUGCAAAGGCAAACUGAUGAAAAGACAAAGCAGAAGUGGCAAGAUCAGGGAUGUAAAGAAACUACUGGACUUUGGGCCCAUGAGGAUGGAAGGUACUGUGCCCCUCCAGCACUGUAUCCAUAUUUGGCAGAGGCAUCGCAUGGCCCUUCUCAUCUAUCCAAAGGAGCAAUGGUCUCCACAAUCACAUCUCACUGGGUGGCCCCCGGAUUCACCACUGUUGCAGAGAGAUUCUGUCAAGGGUGCGAAACAUGUCAGAAACAUAAUCCUGGGAGGCUGGUCAAAACCCCAACUAAACACUUGCCCAAAGCACAGUAUCCUUUCCAAAGACUGCAGAUUGAUUACAUUCAAUUGCCAAAAUGCCAACAAUUUCAAUAUGUCCUAGUGUGUGUAGACAUGUUUUCAGGAUGGGUAGAGGCCUGGCCGGUAGCCAAGGCGACGGCAUCAGUCACUGCAAAGAAACUCUUGCAGGAAAUUGUGUGCAGGUAUGGCCUAAUGGAGACUGUAGAGUCUGAUCAAGGGAGCCACUUCACAGGCCAGGUGAUGGCUGAGGUUAUGGGAGGACUCCAAAUUGAACAGAAGUUCCAUACUCCCUAUCACCCACAGGCGUCGGGAAAGGUCGAAAGAUAUAAUGGGGUGAUUAAGAAUAGACUAGCAAAAAUUUGUGAAAAUACGGGCCUCACCUGGGUGCAAGCUCUCCCUCUGGUUUUGAAAUCCAUGCGACAUACUCCUAGAGGUCCAGAAAAACUGUCUCCAUUCGAGAUAUUGUUUGGAAGACCCCCAAUGACAGGAUUGUUUUUCCCACAAGAAAUGACAUUAAUGCAUUGUUCCUUAAAAAUGUAUGUGCAGGAAUUACACCAGCAGCUCACUAAGUUGCAUGCCAAAGUGUUCUCUUCUAUUCCAGACCCAAAUUCUGACGGUAAAUCCCACUCCUUACAACCUGGAGAUUGGGUGGUGAUCAAGAAAUUUCAACGAAGAGGACUGGAGCCCAGGUUUGAGGGUCCCUACCAGGUAUUGCUGACCACCCCCACCUCAGUAAAGGUAGAGGGAAAAAUCUCUUGGAUACAUGCUUCUCAUUGCAAACGAGUUCAGAAGGAGGUUUAG